CCUGCCCGCCCGCUGCCCACCCGGCCCCGGCCCCAUGCCACGCUCCCGCGGGGACAAGGGGACCCCCAAGGACAACAAGGACACGGAGCCCCCGCAGAAGGGGAAAGGGGGGCACGAGGAGGGGGAGAAAGCCCCCAAAGCCCCCGAGGACGUCGGUGCCCCGGCCCCCAAGAGUUCCGGCUCCGAGGCCCGGCACGGCGGGCACGGGCAGAAGAGCGGGAAGAAGGGUCCCGUGGACCCCCACGCUGCUGCCAUCAAGACCUACUCCCCCUUCCUCAACACCGUCUUUGGAAAGGAGCGGGAGCUGUCACCGGAGGAGCUGGAUGAACUGCUGGAUGCCUUCAAGGAGUUCGACACGGACCAGGAUGGCUACAUCAGCUACAAGGACCUGGGCGCCUGCAUGCGCACGCUGGGCUACAUGCCCACCGAGAUGGAGCUCAUCGAGAUCUCCCAGCACAUCAAGAUGAGGAUGGGCGGCCGCGUGGACUUCGAGGACUUUGUGCAGAUGAUGGGCCCGAAGCUGCGGGAGGAGACGGCGCACAUGGUGGGCGUGAGGGAGCUCAAGAUCGCCUUCCGUGAGUUCGACAUGAACGGGGACGGGGAGAUCAGCACGGCCGAGAUGCGUGAAGCCAUCGCGGCGCUGCUCGGGGAGCAGCUAAAGGCGCAGGAGGUGGACGAGAUCCUGCAGGACGUGGAUCUCAACGGGGACGGUCAUGUGGACUUCGACGAGUUCGUGAUGAUGCUGUCGUCCCGGUAACGGAGACACCGGGCAGGACGGGACCCCCGGAUGGGGGCCCCCAGCCCCUCCUCAGCCCCUCCGUGCCCGGCCGACCGACCCGAGAGCUCUGCCAACAUCGUGGUUCAGAGGGAACAGCUGGAGCGGAGCAU